CCGCGAGGACCUGCAUAUAUAUCAGGCCGCGCGCCAUCUUACGGAGGACUGCCAGGUCCCGGAUCUCAGGUCUGACUCCCCCACUUAACCCUCUCCGCAAGUCGCCAUGACUGGGAUUCCAAGCGCCUCCACCGCGCGCGCGGUCGUUCGCGCUAAUCUGAACCUGGAUACCCUCAAGACAGCUCUGUUCUACUAUGUGCUCCUCAACCAAUUCGUGAAGGCGCAGCGCCAUGUACGCGCGCGGGGACUCUCGCAAACUGUUGUCGACUUCGUGCGCUGGGUGACGCAGCGCGUGAUUCUACUUGCGCUUCGCCUGCCCGCGGCGCGGAAGAAGGUCGAGGCGGAGAUGGGCAAGGCGAAGCUUGACAUCGAGAACAAGCUCGUGCCCAAGGGAGCAGACGUGACCAGGCAUCUGUCGUUGCCCGACGAGGGCAAGACGCUCGGAUGGAUACAGGGCGAGAUGGAGAAGAUGGACGCGGAGAUGGGGCAGGGCACGGAUUGGCGGCACGGAAAGCUAUCUGGCGCCGUCUAUCAUGGAGGAGAAGAUAUGGAGAAGGUUAUCGUCGCUGCCUUUGCGCGGUACUGCGUCUCGAACCCGCUGCACCCCGACGUAUUCCCCGCGAUACGCAAAAUGGACGCCGAGAUCGUCUCCAUGUGUCUGCGGAUGUACAACAACCCCAAUGGUGCCGGAACUACUACCUCUGGUGGCACGGAAUCCAUCCUCAUGUCCGUGAAAACGCAUCGCGACUGGGCAAGAGCAGUGAGGGGCAUAACUGAACCGGAAAUGAUCGUGCCGAUCACCGCCCAUGCGGCGUUCAACAAGGCAGCGGCGUACUUCAAGAUCAAGCUCCAUCCUAUGCCCGUGAACCAGGAAACACGGCAAGUGGACAUCAAACGAGUUCGGCGCGCGAUAAACCGCAACACGAUAAUGCUCGUCAGCUCUGCGAUCAACUUCCCUGAUGGCUGCCAAGACGACAUCGUCUCUCUCGGCGCGUUGGCGAAAAAGCAUAACAUUGGCCUUCACGUCGACUGCUGUCUGGGCAGUUUUAUCAUGCCUUUCCUCGAAGAGGCCGGCUUCCCGGUCGAGCCGUUUGACUUCCGAGUCGAGGGUGUCACCGCCAUCAGCUGCGACACUCACAAGUAUGGCUUCGCUCCCAAGGGUUCGUCGGUGAUUAUGUACCGCGAUGCUGAACUGCGAAGACACCAAUACUACGUGCAACCCGACUGGAUUGGCGGCGUCUACGGUAGCCCCAGUAUUUCAGGCUCAAGACCCGGGGCAUUGAUUGCUGGAACGUGGGCGGCGAUGAACUACAUGGGACACAACGGUUACCUCGAGUCCUGCCGGUCCAUCGUCUCCUGUGCGAAGAAGAUCCAGAAGGCGAUCACGACCGAGAUCUCUGAGCUGUACGUGCUCGGCAACCCGCCGGCGUCGGUCGUCGCUUUCGCCUCGCGCUCGCCUGUCGUCAACGUGCUCGAGGUCGGCGACGCGAUGUCGAAGCGCGGCUGGCAUCUGAACGGGAUCUCGAACCCACCUGCGGUUCACAUCGCGUGCACGCGGUUGACCACGGCGAUCGUGGAUACGUUCAUCGCCGACCUGAAGGAUGCCGUUAAGGAGGCGAAGCUGCAACCCGGUGGCAAGGGAAACAUGGUCGCCGUUUACGGUCUUGGCAACUCGAGUCCCGUGGGACCAUCGAUGGUCGGGGAACUGGCAUCGGCUUUCCUGGACGCUAUGUACAAGGCGUGAUGUGUGUUUUAUACACGAUCGCGCUCUUCCGCGGACCACACCCACGAGGCGUGCUUGAAUUCAGUCUACAACAGCUGUCUCUCAACGACCCUGUUUCCGUGUACAUAGCUGAUCCAGUGAGCGACACACGACGCGUUGUAUCAUGUUUUCCUGCUUCAGAAUACGGCGUACGUGCUCCGAGGGUUCCGGCCAUACACGGCCUAUGAACUACCGCGGACCGAACUUGAUACAUUUUCGUUCUGAUAAUCAAAGGGUGCCCUGACAGCGAGGGUUUGUACCCUUUCGGCACCGCCCGCUUUGCUGAUUCGUGGUCCAGCGCGCCGGGUUGAUAUAAGUACCUACUUAUUGCUUGUGACUGGGUGAUCAUAGUGGGUGGGUGCGGGGGUGGAACACGGGAUCAUCGACGGCGGAGGGUCCUUUGCCUUUCUUUCAACACG